CCCAUCCUGUUUGAAAAGCCCGCGUCAGGGCUGCCGGUCAGGUGUGCGGGGCUUUGCGAGCGGGCAUGUAGCAAAGCGGAAACGGGAAUCGUUGCUCUGUACGCUCGUUGGAGAGCGGCGGAUUGGAGAGCAAAUGGAGUGGAGGUCAGUGAAGGCAAACCGUGUACGAAGGAACCUCUUUGGCCCCGUGGACCAUGAACAGCUGCAGCAGGACUUCCAGCACAUGCUGCACAGCAGCAUGGAGGGAGCCCAGCAGAAGUGGAACUUUGACUUCUUACGGGACAUGCCAGCUGAGGGGCUCCUGCAAUGGGAAGAAUUACAGAGCCAUGAUGUCCCGGCCUUUUACCACAGUUGUGUAGUGGGUGAGGCUCGCAAGCCUUUGAAGCCCUUGAACCAGGGUAUAGUCAAGGAGGUCAAGGCUCACCACUUUGCCACGGUGACACUGACUGAAAACCCCAAAGUUGCCAAGAAAAUGUCGGGCAAGAAGAGCCAAGCAGUGAAGAAACGAAGACAGACAUCCUUGACAGGGACUGAAGUGAACUGUCUUUUUUGUAAGCCGGAUUUCAAGAUGCAUCAGUGGCCAGAGCUAGAGAAAGAGCCAAGGGAAGGAAAGACAUUUUCCAUGAAGCACCAGCCUCUUUCACAUGCCAGGUCUCAUCCUUUUGUUCUCAGCUCAGAGCACUGUGGACUUGACUUUGGGCAUGUCUACACUACAGGUGCUACGGCAGCACAACCACAGCACUACAGCGAUGGAAAGGGAUUACUACUCAGCUAAGAAGCAAGUCAAAACUAACAGUCAAGCUGCUGCAAAGAAUUUGGCUUUCUGAAAUGAAACACAGGAUUGAUCUGCACCAGAGAUGUUAUAAAGAGCUGCCAGGUUUAUCUGACAUUCAGAAAUUGUGUGUGCAAGCUACAAAUGCUUAAGGGCAUCACAUGGAUUGAUAUAUUCAUGAAAGGACUGAUGGAAGGUCUUAUAAACACAACAAAACUCGCAUUAGAAUGAGAUUAAACUGGAAGCCUCUUUGCUAAGGAUCACUAGCCUUAAAAGUGUUGGUAAGCAAGUUUGGAAAUGUUUCAGGAAUUGGCUAAUAGCAGCAACUUAACCACGUGCGUUUCAAAGAAUACUGCAUACGAGAAAGCAGUGAACAUAAGGUUAAACAGCUGUACAAAUGUACUGCUGCAUUUGAACAAGUCAGAAUAUGAUCAGGACCGUAUUAUGUUUCUGAUUUUGUAUUUUUUACAUCUUUAAUGUACAGUUUGUUCCCUAUUUCUAAGAGUGAUGGCUUAUCCAAUCAAUAAGCUUCACCUGCUAAACUCUACAGAUCUGAUUUAUUUAAAAAGUUCCCAACCCAGACUAUGAUUUUUCAGGUGCAAAAUUGUGACUACCCAUAACUAUCUGUGGACAUAAAUAGUGGUAUUUAUGUGGCAAAUUCUCUGCGGCUGUAAAUGGACACCGCUGUAGUUACUUCAGGAGAGUUUUGCCUAUUUAUUUCGGCAGAGCAUUUGGCCCUGUGUCUGUCUACUUGACUCUGUUCAAAAAUCAGGGUGUUAAACAUGUGACUGUUGUAAAUGGAUGUCUGCAAGUUUGCACCCAUGAAAUCAGGCACCUUAUGUUAAAAUCAUUCCCGAUAUCUGCUGGGACAAAUAUAGCCUUCAUUUUCACCUGUGCAGUUCCAUUGAGGCCAAUGCAUGUGUGAAAAUGAGAGCAAUAUUUGCCCUGUUGGGCACAGUGUUUUGUAAUGCAGGUUACUAUGGAGACAUUGGGCUAGAUUCACAAAGAAAUUUAGGCAUGGUGAUGCUCAGCAUCAUCAUGCCUAACUUUUAGGUUCCUAGAAACUCCCGAGGAUUCAAAAAGUCUUGAGUCCAGUGCCUAGGCUCCCUGUACAGUGAACAGAGGGAGGUAGGUGCCUCAGAAUUGGAUUCACAAAAGCUGGCAGGCUAGGCAGCUCCUUGCACAUGCUAGCCAUUGGGAGAUGCCAAAAUUAUAGGGGGGAGGGAUGCUAAGCCCCGCCCCUCGCCGUGAAAUGGGUGUUGAAGUCUGGGCUGCAGGGAGGUACCUUAUUUGGCUUGCGAUUCUCAGGUUCAAACCCUCUCUUGGGGUUAUCUACACUGCUUUAGCAAGACGUUGCGGGGUCAGGGGGAAGACCACCCACAUAAUUUUGAGCCCAGUGGUUUGGGCACUCAGAGGUGGUAGGUCCCAGUUCAAAACCCUUCCCAAAGUGGAGGUUGGACUAGAACUGGGGUCUCCCACAUCCCAGGUAUAAGCACCCUAACCACUGGGCUAAAACAUUGGAGGGAGGCCUCCUCUUUGCCCAUCUCCAGCCAUUUUGUGUAUGCUCAUGUAUAGGGGUCCAGUCCAGUAGGCAAGCUCUGAGGAUGCUUACUAGAUUGUGCCCUGCAGGAAAGUUAGGCAGAGGAACUCCUGUCUUUCCUCGGUUCAUGCAGCACUUUGGGGUUAAGUGUCCAGACACCUGGCAUGGGGCUGCAGUGUUCAUGCUCAGAGGAAGAGCCAGAGGUGCCUAGGGAAUAUUUACUGCUAAAAUUUAGGUGCUGAGUGAGUUUAGGCACCUACAGGAUUUGGUGACACCUGGGGCUGAGGUGGGAUUUGUGAAUCCUAUUGUGGCCUGAUUCUGGGAUUUAGGCACCUAAAGUGGCAGUUAGGGACCUAAAUCCUUUUGUGAAUCUAGCCAAUUUUUUUAAAAAAAAUUAUUUUUAUUAUUUGUUAAGCCCACAUACGGUGUUUCCGUCACUAUUUAGGAAUUUCCUACAAGAAGAGAAAAGGUUUAAUAACACUAGCUCAUCCAUCCCUCUUGGCAUUGCAUGGAUUAUUAUUUCUAGGUAUUUUUAUACCAUACACACUUCCUUUCUAUUUCCCUUCUCCACUCCACCCACCAAUUUGGAUAAUUGGGUUUUAUGGCUCUUGGCACCCAGUUUGUAAAAUGUAAAGAGAAACCUACAAAAUAUACAUGCUAAAUUAUUCUUGUGCAUAUGGACUUGAGUAAGGUGCUGUGUUUCACAAACAAGUUUGGAAAGACCACUGUGAUUUGGGCAGUUUAGAAAUUACACAAUGAUUGAGAACUGCUUUUUGCCUAAAAUCUACAUCUACAAAGUCUUGUACAGUAGAUUUUCUCUGGGUAUAUACAUAUUUGUGUAUGCUGUACACAUGGGAUGCAGCUUAUACAUGUUUCAGAGUAGCAGCCCUGUUAGUCUGUAUCCGCAAAAAGAAAAAGAGUACUUGUGGCACCUUAGAGACUAACAAAUUUAUUUGAGCAUAAGCUUUCGUGAGCAUCCGAUGAAGUGAGCUGUAGCUCACGAAAGCUUCUGCUCAAAUAAAUUUGUUAGUCUCUAAGGUGCUACAAGUACUCCUUUUCUUUUAGCUUAUACAUGUUCACACAGAUAUUACAUGCAACACCAAGACAUAAUAAUUAUUUUUCCAAAGGAGCAGUGAUGUUUAGAUGUAAACAGUUCAUUAAGGCUAUCAAAAUAUAUCCAUUUUUAAUGAGAAAAGGCAGUGAAUCAAGCCUGUUCCUUUAUGUGCUGAGCUACGGGAGCUCAGCAUGUUGCAGGCAUAGGAGCUGGAACUAGAAGUACAGGGGGUGUUGCUGCACCCUGGCUUGAAGUGGUUUCCAUCAGAUAAGGGUUUACAGUUUGGUUCAAUGGCUCUCAGCACCCCUAUUAUACAAAUUGUUCCAGCUCCCCUGGUUGCAGGGUCUAUAUUUUCAACUCCAGGCAAGUGAGAGAGUCAGGAGAAAUUUUUUUCUCUUUUUAAUCUUUGAUUUGGAAACAAAGGGCCCAAUCCUGCUCCUAAAAUCCUGAAAUCAAUGGGAGUUUUGCACAAUGGAACCAGAAUGAGACUCCAAAUGGAGAAUAUUGUGAGUGAACUCAGUAUGUGUGUUUGUGUGCUCCUGUUACAAUAGCAAUGGCAUGCUGGGAAAUAGUAUGUUUUCUUACUUUUGGUGAUGACUAAGACAAAUCUAUUUUUUUAAGUGUGUGAUUUUCUCUGAUUUGAAAAAAAUUACACAACCGUAUGUUUCUGUGUGUUUGUGUGUUUUUAAAAUCAGACCGACGACACUGUGUACCUUCUUGUUUUGUAGUGGUGUGCUAAGCAGCCUUAUUUUCUGGUCAGUAUGACAGGAGCUGCACACAAAAAAAGCCUAUCCAUCUGUCAUGCACAAGGUUACCAUGAUGUUGCCUUGUUUUCUUAUAGGGGAAAAGGGACACCUCUUUUUACAGAGGAAAAUGAUGAUAGCUUGUCAGGGACUGAGCUUGUCAAGGUGUGAGACUGCAGGUUAGAAUUUAGCCCAUCCAAAUUUCUAACAUCUCUGCCAGUUAUAAUUGUGAAUAUUAGCUCAGAAUGCUAUAGUUAAUUAAAAAAAAAAUUUGCUGGCAAGAUGCAGUGAUAUUUUGUGGCUUGAUAUCUAUAUAUUUUUUAAAGUUUCUUAAAUACAAAAUAUUGUAAAUGAGGGUACAGUGUACAGAAAGAAAAACUUUUCUUUUCUUACUGCUCCACUCCAUGGUGUGUGCAGUUAGGAUGUCCUGAUACUAAGUAAUAUAGGACCAGAUGCUCAGCUAGUGUGAAUUUUGUAGGUCACUGAACUGCGAUGGAGCUGUCCCAAUUUACUCCAGCUGAGGAUCUGGCCAGAGGUAUUUUGCACUAGUGCUUUGUGUUACUACAGACCAAACGUUGAUGACAAGCAGCUAACCAACUGCAUACAUAAACUGCCUCCUCUCUCCAUACACAAAUUUUACAGUAUGGGUACUGCAAUAGCAGCCCUACAACUAUUAGCCCUACUGCUGAGAAUGACAACAGGCCUCUGAUUGGUUGCUGAGGUUUGUCAUGUAUGGGAUAGAGAACAGACCAUUAGAAAUCUUCUUUUAUUCAGUAGUUAACAUUCUGAUGGAGAAGUAUUUUAACAAGAAAACAUGGAGUAAACAUCUUUUUUUUUCUUUUAUCCUGUAAAUUGCACUUUUCGGUCAAACACAAUCUAGAAUUUUCUUUAUCGAGACAUUUCAGUAGUAACACCUAAUACGUGGCAAAGAAUAAAAUUAAAUGGGCCCAAAAUAUUCCCGGUCUUUAAAUGUAUGGAAAAGGAGGCAGACCCACUUGAAGUUAAUCAGUGUACUGUAGCUUUAGUAUAUGUUUAGUUCCAUUUAAGUAUACAGUGCUCUGAGUGAACUAAAUAUAAUACAGUAAUGAAGCUGUUCGAGGCAUAUUUGCUGAUCAUUGACUUUGAUUGGCUGCCUGGGUGUAUGACACAGGCCAACCAUCAAAUCCCCAAGUAGCACUUUUUCCUAAGGAGAAGCAAGGUGCUGUGUUCUGGAACUGACAUAAAUUGGGCAUUAAAGAAGUGGUAGCAGCACUGUUUCGAGCUAUCUUAAAUGUACUUCUGAUUACACAGCAGAGGGGGACCUGCAUCAGGAAUCCAUAAUAUUUAACUGGUUUAACCUCCACCUGUUAAUAAAUAGACAGCUAAUCCCUCUGAGCUCCCUCUCUCAGGUAUAGAUCAUUUCAUUCAAGUCCUUUGGCAGCGAUUGAGGAAAUGGGGCCUCUUCAGCAAGAUAGCCAGGAAAAGAGACACUAGAUGCUUUCCGUUAUUUUCAGGAUAGUACAAAUAGAGCUUUUUACUACAACUUCUCUGCAAACUAAUCAUAUGGACCCUUCUGGAGGUCAGUAUUGUUUUUCUGGAGAACCUAUGGAUGAGUUACAGUAGACACCUACACUCUACCAUUAGCUUUUGGAUCUUUAUAAAUGGGUGGGUGGAGGGACUUAUUUAUUCCAAAGCUUGUGAACUGCUGUGAGAAAAGUGGAUUUUCUCCAUUCAAAUAACAAAUCUAAUGGGUCAACAAAGUUCAUUCUGAAAUUCAGAGGGUUUAUGUUAUACAAGGUACUUUCUUUCAGGUAUUAAUUUUGCUUUGCUUGGAAUGUUGUAAUACUGUAGGUUCAGUGAAUUUCAGUGUAAGUGUUGAUGUGUGAAGUUUUUGGUUGUUGACUGUGGAUAUUUGCAAUAUCAUAAAUAAAAACUGGUUCAUUA